AUGUAGCCGCUGAUUGGCUGGCUGGGGCGCAGCUUGAUGGCGUCGGGCUGGAGAGCCGCAGUCCCGGCUGCGGCAUCAGGGAGAAGGCGGACUGUGUAAGGGGGCCUGUGACCCCAGCGUGCCGUGGCCUCGGGGAGUGGGAAGUGGAGGCAGGAGCCCUCCUUACACUUCGCCAUGAGUUUCCUGAUCGACUCCAGCAUCAUGAUUACCUCCCAGAUACUAUUUUUUGGAUUUGGGUGGCUUUUCUUCAUGCGCCAAUUGUUUAAAGACUAUGAGAUACGUCAGUAUGUUGUACAGGUGAUCUUCUCUGUGACAUUUGCAUUUUCUUGCACCAUGUUUGAGCUCAUCAUCUUUGAAAUCUUAGGAGUAUUGAAUAGCAGCUCACGUUAUUUUCACUGGAAAAUGAACCUAUGUGUAAUUCUGCUGAUCCUGGUUUUCAUGGUGCCUUUUUACAUUGGCUAUUUUAUUGUGAGCAACAUCCGACUAUUUUUGUCUCCUCUGUCUCAGUGCAUAAACAACGACUGCUUUUUUCCUGUCUCUUAUGGCUGACUUUUAUGUAUUUCUUCUGGAAACUAGGAGAUCCCUUUCCCAUUCUCAGCCCAAAACAUGGGAUCUUAUCCAUAGAACAGCUCAUCAGCCGGGUUGGUGUGAUUGGAGUGACUCUCAUGGCCCUCCUUUCUGGAUUUGGUGCUGUCAACUGCCCAUACACUUACAUGUCUUACUUCCUCAGGAACGUGACUGACACAGAUAUUCUAGCCCUGGAACGGCGACUGCUCCAAACCAUGGAUAUGAUCAUAAGCAAAAAGAAAAGGAUGGCAAUGGCACGGAGAACAAUGUUCCAGAAAGGGGAAGUGCAUAACAAACCAUCAGGUUUCUGGGGAAUGAUAAAAAGUGUUACCACUUCAGCACCAGGAAGUGAAAAUCUUACUCUUAUUCAACAGGAAGUGGAUGCUUUGGAAGAACUAAGCAGGCAGCUUUUUCUGGAAACAGCUGAUCUGUAUGCUACCAAGGAGAGAAUAGAAUACUCCAAAACUUUCAAGGGGAAAUACUUUAAUUUUCUUGGUUACUUUUUCUCUAUUUACUGUGUUUGGAAAAUUUUCAUGGCUACCAUCAAUAUUGUUUUUGAUCGAGUUGGGAAAACGGAUCCUGUCACAAGAGGCAUUGAGAUCACUGUGAAUUAUCUCGGAAUCCAAUUUGAUGUGAAGUUUUGGUCCCAACACAUUUCCUUCAUUCUUGUUGGAAUAAUCAUCGUUACAUCCAUCAGAGGACUGCUGAUCACUCUUACCAAGUUCUUUUAUGCCAUCUCUAGCAGUAAGUCCUCCAAUGUCAUUGUCCUGCUGUUAGCACAGAUAAUGGGCAUGUACUUUGUCUCCUCUGUGCUGCUGAUCCGAAUGAGUAUGCCUCCAGAAUACCGCACCAUCAUCACUGAAGUCCUUGGAGAACUGCAGUUCAACUUCUAUCACCGUUGGUUUGAUGUGAUCUUCCUGGUCAGCGCUCUCUCUAGCAUACUUUUCCUCUAUUUGGCUCACAAACAGGCACCAGAGAAGCAUAUGGCACCUUGAACUUAAGCCUACUACAGACUAUUAGAGGCCAGUGGUUUCAAAAUUUAGAUCUAAGAGGGGGAAAAAUGGAACCAGGGCCUGACGUUUUAUAAACAACAAAAUGCUGUGGUAGCAUUUUUCACCUCAUAGCAUACUGUUUCCCGGUCGGGUGAUACUAUGACCGUGAGUAGCAUCAGCCAGAACAUGAGAGGGAGAAGUAACUCAAGACAGUACUCAGCAGAGAGCGUCCCGUGUGGAUUUGAGGCUGGUGCAAAGGCGGAGAGGAGCCAAGAAACUAAAGGGAAAAAAUACACUGGAACUCUGGGGCAAGAGAUUUCUAUGGUAGCUGGGCCAAACACAUAUGAUUUCCGUUUUAAGGUUCACAUGGAGAAGGUUAUAGCUUUCCCUUGAGAUUGACUCAUUAAAAUCAGAGAUUGUAACACUUUGGCCUUAGGUUCCUUUCAUCAAGCAUAGCUUGGUGUUGUGCUUGUGUGAUCUGACUUGAGUUAGCAUCCCACACCUCCUCAUCUGAGCCUACCCCAUUAAAAUAACCAAGAAGUUAUCUGUUCUUUUCCGGGAAAGGGGUAGUGUGUACCUGAAAUAGAUUCUACCAAAAGAGA